GUAGUUUAAUUUCCAUACCAUAGUAAAAAGCUUCUUUAUUGUAGCAAUUAAAAAGAUGUUGGUUAUUGUUGUAUAGCAAGGGUUUUACUUCAGGUUUUUAUAUUCACUGAUAUUCUGUCUAUUUCGAUCUGGUAUUGCAUUUUGAAUUGCUACUUUUGCUUGUUUCGUGGUUUUAUUAUUUAGUCAUGCCGUAGUUUAUUUUCCAUUUCAUAGUAGAAGCUUCUUUAUUAUAUAUAAUCUGUUCUCUUUGCUAUCAGGUUUAUCAUGAAUCAUGAUUAAUUUGAGGAUCUUUUUUAAAUCAACGACUGCUGUUAAAGGACAGAAAUGGGAGAGACUGUCGCUGUUUGAUCAAGGCACAUCAGAAACUAGGAACUUGUGCUGAUUUCGGUAUUGAAGCAUGGACAUCUUAUUACCACGGCAUCAACGAUAAAGUUUCGGGAUUUCACCAAGACAGUCAAACCGGAAGAAAGGUAAAUUAUUCUGUCAAAUUACUAUGUUCUAAACAAUAUCUGUAGGAAGCACAUACUUUACAUUCUUGGUCUGAAUUUUUUUUUCUUUUUGGUAUCAUAUUAUCUGUGCUUAAUAUUUGUGUUGGAUUAUAUAUACGUACUUUCCACAUGCGCAUUACAUGGUGCCAUGUCAGACUUAAUGAUAAAAAUGGAACAAAUCGUUUAUUUAAUGAUCAUAUUGUAGAUUUUUAAAAUUCUAAUUUAAAUUGUACACGAGUAAACUUAUAAAUUAUUCUGAUAUAAAUUAUUACAAAUCUUGUACUUGUAUACUAUGUAUUCUACAGAAGAUAAUAAAAUCCCAUAUAAUAUGAAUAUUAUUUAAUUAUACAAAUAAUCACAAUUCGGGUAAAUUAUAUCAAGGUUAUAUUUUUGAUUGAUAACUUUAGAAAGUUGCAAAAUUUUUAUUGAGUUUUUGAAAGUUUUCAUUUAAAUUAUUGAAUUAUUUGAAAGUUAUAUUUUAAGUUAUUGAGUUGUUAAGUUAUUUGUUUAAAAAAAAAAAGUUCGGCUAGCGAGCUCUAAGUGAUGAUUUGAGUGAGUAGAAAAACAUAAUUUAUAUUCAAAUCGAUCUGAUGGUCAGUAUUAAAGAUAGGAAAAGAAAGCCAUUUAGAUUUUAGUCCAAAAAUUUGUAAUGUUGAAAGUUAAUUCAUGCAAAAAAACUAAACUAUAAAGAAUGAGGAAAACUUUCGAUUAAUACAAACAAUGCAAAUAGAGAAAAUUAUAUAAUAUUGAUUUUAAAAGUCUAAUAAUUUAAAUAAAAUUUUGAAUAAUCAGUGAUCAUUUUAUAAUUUUUAAAAAUUAAAUGACUAAAUCAUAAUAUCUCAUAUAAUACACUUAGAUUUGUAUGCUUCUGAUAAAUAUCUCAUAACUUAGAUUUGUAUGCUUGUGAUAAAUAUCUCAUAUAAUACACUUAUAUUUGUAUGCUUGUAUAAAUAUCUCAUUUAGUAAGAAACCCCGAUGAUCCAACGAAACAAAUGAUUCCGACCUUUUGAUUAUUAAGUCAACGACCCUUUAUUCAAGGAAAAUUGGAUCCAUAAUUCGAAUAAUAAAACAAACAAUGAUUCUGUCAUUAAAACUUGAACUGAGCCAUAUGCAGAAAAGUACACCAUGUCUUCCCCAAAUCUCUAUUUGAUCUACAUUUCAUCAUUGUUCUUCAGUUUCCAUUUAUGGGUCUUGAAAUCACAAGAAACACCAUGUAACCCCAAUGAUUUGAAGGCCUUGAAUGGAUUUUCAAGCUGCCUGGAACCAAAUGUUCUUGGAUGGAACAACAGCAACUCUGUUUCGGAUUGCUGCACUUGGACGGGUGUCACCUGCAACGAUUCCGCGAGCAGAAGGGUGGUGGCUUUGGAACUUGGUCAAAAGAAUCUUUAUGGAACAAUUUGUGAUUCCAUUGUAGGGUUAAACCAGUUGAGAAUCCUGAAUCUUUCCCAUAACCAGCUUCACGGUUCACUUCCGACCAAGCUUUUUCGCAUGGAGAAACUGGAAAUCCUUGAUGUAAGUGACAACAGGUUCGUUUAUAGAAUCCCCGAAGAGCUUCCUCUAUCAUCGUCUAUAUGGUACGUUAAUGUUUCGAAGAAUGGUUUGUUCGGUUCCAUAGGUGAAAAUCUCUGCAAAAACUCAUCAUCAUCCAAUAUCAAGGUUCUUGAUAUGUCAAUGAACUUCUUUGGGGAAGUUCAACAAGGUCUGUCAAACUGUACUUCAUUGCAAUAUCUCAUGAUCAAUGGCAACAAUUUCAGGAGUUUGCCAAGGGGUAUCUUCCAAAUGAUGCAAAAUCUUAGAGUUUUGCAUCUUCAAAACAACAGCUUUUCAGGGACAUUGGAUCAUGGGAUUGGUCAUCUUCUAAACCUUGUUGAAUUAGACAUCUCUUCUAAUUCAUUUACAGGGGUUUUCCCAGAUGUGUUUGGGAGCCUAGGAAAGCUUGAGAAAUUCACUGCAAGUUCAAAUAACUUCAAUGGAGCUUUGCCAACCUCAAUGCUCAACUCACCUUCAAUUACAACCCUUGAUCUCCACAACAACAGCUUGAAUGAUCCAAUUAACCUCAACUGUUCAGCCAUGACCAAGCUCAGAUCCCUUCACCUUGGGUCUAAUAAGCUCUAUGGUUCAAUCCUCCAUAACCUUUCCUCUUGUAAGAGCUUGAACAUACUCAACCUUGGCCACAACAACCUUGAUGGUCAAAUCCCUGAAAGUUUCAAGAAUCUCAAUGCUCUCACAGUGCUUUCACUCUCAAGGACCAACCUGGUCAACCUCUCAUCCACCCUUAAGAUUCUGCAGCACUUCAAAAACUUGACUGUUUUGAUGCUCUCUGAAAAUUUUCAGGGCGAACAGAUUCCCGAUGAUGCUUAUUUUCAAUUCAGAAGCCUCAAGGUACUCAGCAUUGCCUACAGUGAACUGCGGGGAUUGAUGCCACCAUGGUUGCUUGGCUGCAACGGGUUACAAUUCUUGGACUUGUCGACGAACCAUCUGUUCGGAACCAUUCCUCUGGGGUUCAACAAGUUUAAGUACCUGUUUUACCUGGAUUUGUCAAACAAUUCAUUCACAGGUGAGAUACCAAAAGGGUUAACUCAACUACAGGCCCUCAUCGACAUCGACAUUUCGUUGUUAGGGACUCCUUUAGGAUUCCCUUUGUUCAGCACCGGUAUAGACGGUGCAACUUUUUGUUACAAUAACAUCAUAAGUUUCCCACCAACAUUGGACCUGAGUUACAACAUGCUAAGUGGAACUAUUUGGCCAAGUUUUGGCAACUUGAGAAGGCUUCAUGUUCUAAACCUCAAAGAGAAUCGCUUGAGAGGCUCGAUCCCAGAGUCUUUGUCGGGGAUGAAAAACUUGGAAACCUUGGACUUAUCUCAUAACAAAUUAUCUGGAAAGAUACCAGAAUCACUUGUGCUGCUCAGUUUUUUGUCCAAGUUCAGUGUGGCAUAUAAUGAACUUUAUGGGGAAAUCCCCAUGGGAGGUCAGUUCAUGACUUUCCCAUCUUCAAGCUUUGAAAGGAACAAUGGCCUUUGUGGUGGACCUUAUAUUCCAUGCUCACUUCAACAGGCUCCUGUUGAUGAAUCUCCAAGUGAAGCAAUGACAGUAUUUGGUCCUCAAUUCGGAUUCGGCGUUGCUACUGGCUUUGUUCUCACCAUUAUCGUCUGCUUUAUGUCUGGUUGGAUUCUUCCAAGAGAGACAACAUUCAAAUAUAGAUGCUUUACAAGUAGAUCCAGUCACCAUGACUAGCUUUUUUUCGAUGUCUGCUGUACAGCUUUUCAAGUUGUAGACUGCUAAAAAUAUCUUGAAAACUGUUGUACUAAGAGUUAGAUUAUAUUUUGUAUCAUCUGUUCAAAAAAAUGAGCAAAUUAAUCUCUUUACGUUAAAUUAAAGAAUAAAUUAAUCUUUUCUGUUAAAAAAA